CAAACGCAACAGCUCUGGUUUUGUCAUCAUGAUGUCGUGCAGCUGAGUGCCAAAGGUACACUGUCCUUAGGAGUAAUGUCUAGAUAUAUUCUGGGUAUAGAUAUUGGCACCACUUCGGUAAAAGCCGUUUUAUUAGAAAGCGGCUCAAGAGCUGUGGCUGUGAGUCACGGUUUGCCAACCACGUCUGAUAUCAUCGACAAUAGCGGGAUAAAGGCCAAAGAACAGGACACGGGUCGGAUCAUAGACACUGUGAACCGGUGCAUCGGCCUGCUGCCCAGAGACAAACUUCAGCAUGUCAGCAGCAUCGGGCUGUCCGGGCAGAUGCACGGGGUCUUAUUCUGGAAAGCAAAGGACGGUUGUGAUUGGUCCAACAGGGACUUUUUCACAGUCAAAGACACCAGUCAGCUGAUCACAUGGCAGGAUGGGCGCUGCAGCAGCCACUUCCUGUCAUCGCUUCCAAAGCCAGACUCACAUCUCAGUGUAGCCACAGGGUUUGGGUGUGCAACAAUCUUCUGGUACAUGAGACACAGGCCCGAGUUUCUUGAGGACUUCACAGUCGCAGGCACCAUCCAGGACUACGUGGUGUCCAUGCUGUGUGGUUUAGAUGAGUGCGUGAUGACUCCUCAGAAUGCAGCCAGCUGGGGCUUCUUCAACACUUCCUCCAACCAGUGGAAUAUGCACAUUCUGAAGGAUGCUGGCUUCCCUUUGCAUCUGCUUCCUCGGUGUGUGCCAUCUGGCGGCUUGGCGGGACAGACAUGCUCUGACUGGCAUGGUAUCCCUGCUGGUACGCCAGUAGGUGCCGCCCUGGGAGACUUCCAGUGCUCUGUCUACUCCUGCAUGAGUGCACGGACAGAUGCAGUUCUUAACAUAAGCACCUCAGCCCAGCUGACCUUCGCCAUGCCGGCUGACUUCAAACCUCCAGAUUCUCCUCAGCCUUCCUCCUCAGUCUCCUACUUCCCCUAUUUUGAAGACUUGUACUUGGCAGUGGCGGCUUCCCUCAAUGGAGGGAAUGCACUGGCAACUUUCGUGGAGAUGAUUGCUGCCUGGAUGAAAGAGCUUGGUGUGGAGCUGAGUGAUUCGUGCUUAUAUGAAAAACUGAUUCGUUCUGCCCUGAAUCAGGAAACGAGCGACCUCAGGGUGAGUCCCACCAUCCUGGGAGAGAGACACAACCCUCUCUGCAUGGGUCAGGUGACCAACAUCUCCCCCACAAAUCUCUCUCUUGGUCAUUUGACCAGAGCGCUUUGCCGGGGAAUCCUGGAAAACAUCACCUCUAUGAUGCCAGUUGAGCUGCUGCAGCAGGCGGGGGUCAGCAGGAUUGUGGGCAGUGGGAGUGCCAUUGCCCGCAAUGAGGUCCUAAGGCAGGAACUGGAGAGGGCGUUUCCCCAGCCGGUGGUAUACGGACAAAACGUGGAUUCUGCUGUCGGUGUGGCCAUGGUCCUCUGUGACUUGCGCUGAAGAGUUUCAUAAUCCACAGGGGAAUCCCUGUCUGUUUACAUGAUUCAUUUUUAAUUUGCACACUUUUGAGUGUCUUACUGAAUGAUGACUGAAGCAAAUGGAAAUUCUGCAACAUGUUUUGCUUUGUGGAAUCAAAAGCAUAAGCUGUGUCUGCCAAGGACAUGGAUCAAAUGCCUUCUGUAACCAGUGGGUCACUAAGUGCAGCAAGGUUUUGAAAUUUUUAGGAGCAAAAGGUCGGAAACACGAGCUAAAGUCAAACUAGCUGCUUAGUGUAGCUGCAAAUCCUCUGCAAACAUUUGAUUUCACUUUGACUGAUCAUGUUAGAUGGCAUUUCUGGCUCUAUAUGCUCAGAAAUGACUUUUUUCCCAGACCCCAUGAUGCCACAAAUAAGAAAUAUUACAGCAGUUUCAAAUGAUCAAUGUCAGUCUUCAUAACUAGAGCUUUUCUUCAAACUGCCAUUUUGUAAAGAUACUCGUCAUUCAUCAGGAAAGUACUGUUGAUCUAAUGUUGAAGAGAUAUUUUCUGCACUGAUAGAAACCAUAUUACAGCAGUAUACAGUGCAACAACAAAGUUAGCUGUAAAGUGUCACGCGCAUGCAAGGAGGUUCCUUCUGAGUCUGAUGUUUCCCUCUUCAGAUCGCUUCUGCAGUCCGCAGCUCCUUAUUCCGUUGAUUGCUGGAUAUCUUGGUGUGUGUGAGCUUUUGUAUCUGGUGUGUUUGUUGUUGUAUUGCACAUACACAGGGGUCUGUGGUACAAAGUUCAGCGUAGUCACUGGAGAUGCUGGAUAACCAGAAUCAUUAAGUCUCUGUUAACCCUGGGUGAAUGGUUGAUUACAAGCCAAUUGCAUGCAGCAUCAUCAGA